UCUGGUUCCGGUCCUUUCUCCGGCCCAGGCUCUUCGUGGCGCUCGUGCUGGGCAGCCGAUGUGUAUUUUAUCUUGUUGAAUCGGGACCGUCAGGCUGUAAUUAGCUGAAAAUGUCGUCGGAAUCACUCCAGCUGCGUGGAACUUUAAGGGGGCACAAUGGAUGGGUCACCCAAAUCGCCACCAACCCGAAGUAUCCGGAGAUGAUCUUGUCAUGCUCCCGAGACAAGACCCUUAUUGUGUGGAAGUUGACCCGUGAUGACCACAGCUAUGGUGUCCCUCAGAAGCGAUUGUACGGUCACUCACACUUUGUGAGCGAUGUUGUGCUUUCCUCUGAUGGUAACUAUGCUCUGUCUGGCUCAUGGGACAAGACCCUUCGUCUGUGGGAUCUCGCUGCCGGACGCUCUACCAGAAGAUUCGAGGACCAUACCAAGGAUGUGUUGAGCGUUGCGUUCUCUGUGGACAACCGUCAGAUUGUAUCUGGCAGCCGAGACAAGACCAUCAAGCUGUGGAACACACUUGCUGAGUGCAAGUACACUAUCACUGAUGAGGGCCACAGUGACUGGGUGUCCUGCGUCCGCUUCUCCCCCAACCACCACAACCCCAUCAUUGUUUCUGCUGGCUGGGACAGGAUGGUUAAGGUUUGGAACCUUGCCAACUGCAAGCUGAAGAUCAACCACAUUGGACACACUGGAUACCUCAACACUGUCACUGUCUCUCCUGACGGUUCCCUGUGUGCUUCUGGUGGCAAGGACUGCAAGGCCAUGCUCUGGGACCUCAAUGAUGGCAAGCAUCUGCACACCCUGGACCACAACGAUAUCAUUACCGCUCUGUGCUUCAGCCCUAACCGUUACUGGCUCUGUGCUGCAUAUGGACCUUCCAUCAAGAUCUGGGAUCUUGAAUCAAAGGACAUGGUUGAGGAGCUCCGACCCGAAGUCGUAUCUUCCACCACCAAGGCUGAGCCUCCCCAGUGCCUGUCUCUGGCCUGGUCUACUGAUGGACAGACUCUGUUUGCUGGUUAUUCUGACAAUAUUAUUAGAGUAUGGCAGGUUUCUGUCUCUUCCCGGUAAGACGAUGGUGUGCGGCAAGGUUUAUGUAUUUCUCAUUGCAUUUAAGUUAAAUAUAUAACUUUGCUACCUAUUGA